AUGUCAAACUCCACCCUCAACCACGGCCAAGACUCCACCCUCACCACAGCAAGACUCCACCCUCAACCACAGGCACACCGGCCAGACUCACCCUCAACCACGGCAAGACUCACCCUCAACCGGCAAAGACACCACCCUGCACAGAGUCCACCUCAGCCACACAAAGACUCCACCAACCACGCAAAGACUCACCCUCAACCACGGCCAAGACUCCACCCUCAACCACGGCCAGACUCCACCCUCAACCAGCCAGACUCACCCCUCAACCACGGCAAAGACUCCUCAACCACGGCAAGACUCACCCCUCAACCACGGCAAGACCACCCUCAACCACGGCAAGACUCCACCCUCAACCACGGCAAAGACUCACCCUCAACCACGGCAGACUCACCCUCAACCACACAAGACUCACCCUCAACCACAGCAAAGACUCACACCCUCAGCAGCAAGACUACCCUCAACCACGCAAAGACUCCACCCUCAACCACGGCCAAGACUCCACCCUCAACCACGGCCAAGACUCCACCACCAACGGCCAGACUCCACCCUCAACCACGGCAAGACUCCACCUCAACCACGGCAAAGACUCCACCCUCAACCACGGCCAAGACUCCACCUCAACCACGGCCAAGACUCACCCUCAACCACGGCCAAGACUCCACCCUCAACCACGAGACUCCACCCUCAACCACGCAAAGACUCACCCUCAACCGGCAAGACUCCACCCUCAACCACGGCCAAAGACUCCACCCUCACCACGGCAAGACUCCACCUCAGCCGGCCAAGACUCCACCCUCAACCACGGCCAAGACUCCACCCUCAACCACGGCAAGACUCCACCCUCAGCACGGCAAGACUCACCCUCAACCACGGCAAAGACUCCACCUCAACCACGGCCAAGACUCCACCCUCAACCACGGCAAGACUCCACCCUCAACCACGGCAAAGACACCACCAACCACGGCCAGACUCCACCCUCAACCACGGCAAGACUCCACCCUCAACCACGGCAAAGACUCCACCUCAACCACGGCAAGGACUCACCCUCAACCACAGCGUCCACCCUCAACCACGCAAGACUCCACCCUCAACCGCAAGAUCACCCCUCGCCCAUGUCCGUCAAGACAGGUGUGGUUGUAG